ACACGCAUACAUAAACACAAACAUACACACAAAAACGCACAACCACCAACCAGCAACCAACAAUUCUGCAAACGAGCCGCAAAAAUUAAAUUUUUCCUUAUUUUCUUCUGUUAUUUUGUGUAAGACAGUACCCGUAUUAAAAAUGUAAACAUUUUCAAAGAAAAACUUUAUUAAAAUUGAACAAAAUUGAAACGUGUACAUAACAAGUUGUUGCUAUAUGCUCUGUGGAUCGACCUUUGCGAACUUAUCGUCGUAACAGCGGCAAUAAAGCAACAUCAGCUAAAAAUAAUAAUUAAACAGCGCAUGUUUGUUUCACUUACUCUGCGAAUGUGUGCCUCUGUGUGCGUGUGUGUGUGUGUGUGUGCGUGAGUGUGUGUAUGUGUUGUCUUUGCAUCGGUGUUCAAGUUGAAAGCCCAGCACAUUAAUUGCCCCAACGCUGUAUAAUGAACAACAGUUGAACAACAGUCGUUUUAGUGUUUCCCAGCUGCAAAUUAUUCAACAUUUAUAUGCACCACAUAUCAAACUUUUGUUGGGUCUGCAAAAAGCAAUUUCGAUUCGCAUUCGCUUCAAAUUCGCAUUUUUUCUCGAGUUUCGCGCGCUCUUUUGUAUCUGUGUGCGUGUGUGUGUGUGUGUCAGUCUCACAUUUCCUGCCCAGUGUCUGCCAACCAACGACAGACAAACCAACAUACAAUUGAGCUUGAGACACGACACUCAGAUUGCCUCAGUGUCGUAGACGUAGCCUAGAGAUACUUAUCCGUCCGGUCGUCGCUCCCUUUCCCUAUUUGUCUCCGUCUCUAUUCCGAUUUUUACGUGUGAAUUGUGCAAAAUUAUCAACCCACAAGAGAUUACUGACAAAGCAAAAAACCUUAAUCGUCUGGCACCAGCCUUAAUCUGGUUGGCACUGCACAACAUUUCGGAUUGGUGGCAACAACACAAAAGCAACAAACACGAACAAAAUCAUUUGAGGCAGCGCCUCCAUGUCCGUGGGGUGAACGUUAAGUGGACUCUCCCUCCAACACAAUGCUGCAGCACACAAUGACGAAGCGUAAAACGCUAAUCAUGGCCUGGUUUGGGAUUGUGCUGGGCCUGUGCAUCGGCACCGUUCUGAAGAACUAUCGAGCCCUGGAGUUAGUCAAGCACUGCAGCCUGCGGCCCACAAAUAUGAAAUCACCGCACGAAAUCAUUGGUCUCGAUAAUAAAGAUACCAUACAGAACUCUCAGCGCAAUUUGGUAUUUGUGGGCGUUAUGACCGCCAAGAACUUUAUUGAGGGUCGGGCACGUGCCGUGUACGAUACGUGGGGCAAGGAGGUGCCCGGACGGAUUGCGUUCUUUAGCUCGGAGGGCAGUUACUCGGAUGAGCUGCCCGUUGUUGGUCUCAAGAAUGUCGAUGAUCGCUAUCCUCCACAAAAGAAAUCAUUCAUGAUGCUUUACUAUAUGUACGAGCAUUAUAUUGAUCGAUUCGAGUGGUUCAUUCGAGCAGAUGACGAUGUGUACAUCGAGCCAGACAAGCUGGAGCGGUUCCUUCGCUCCAUUGACAGCUCAAAGCCACAGUUCAUUGGGCAAGCCGGCAAGGGCAAUAGCGAAGAGUUUGGCCUGCUCUCUCUUGAAUUCGAUGAGAACUUUUGCAUGGGCGGCCCCGGCGUCAUCCUUAGCAGCGAGACACUGCGUCGCGUCGCACCACACAUACCCACCUGCCUGAAGAAUCUGUACAGCACCCACGAGGAUGUUGAGGUGGGGCGUUGCGUGCAAAAGUUUGCCGGCAUACCCUGCACCUGGAACUAUGAGAUGCAGUAUAUAUUGCGGCACAAUUCGAGCGGACGCAACGCGUAUACGGGCAAACUGAAGCGCAAGGAGAUCCACAAUGCCAUCACGCUGCAUCCGAUCAAGCAGGCGCCGCUAAUGUAUCGUCUGCACUCCUACAUCCAGGGGCUCAAGGCGGAGGAGCUGCGUCAGGAGUCGCUACUGCUGCAUCGCGACAUCAAGCGGAUGGCCAAAUAUUUGGAGGUGCCAGAUGAUAGCACAUAUAUGCUACCCAGCGUCUCACCAGCAGCCGUAUCGGACAAGGAGAAAGGCAAACAAUACUUUGAAGAUCAUAACAUUUUAGGCAUUAGUCCGGAGCUGAAUAAAUUUGUGCCUGCAAGCACAGCGGAUCUCUUGGACUGGUCUUUUAUAUCGCGAAGCCUGUAUUCGGCUGGCUCAGCGAAUCCCAAGCAGAAAAUCGAUUCGGCGAUGCGCGAAGGACUCGAGGAUGUCAUAACCGAGGUGAUGGAGAACAUCAAUUACUAUUCGCGACAACGCGGUCGUGUCAUUGAGUUUCGUGAGCUGCUUUAUGGCUACCAUCGGCUGGAUGCAUUGCAUGGCCAGGAUCUGAUACUCGACCUCUUGCUCAUCUACAAGAAAUAUAGGGGCAAGAAGAUGACGGUCCCCGUGCGGCGGCAUCUCUAUGUGCAACGCGCCUUUACUGGCAUCUUUGUCAAGGAGUUGGACGAGGACUUUUACAAUGUGACGCUGCAGCAAAGUUUGCUGGGCAGCCUCCUGCAAAACAGCAUGGCGCGUCUGAGCAGUCACUUUACAAUUGCCAGCAAUCUGAUGGCUCCACAGCAGGACAAGAUCGUGUUCGUGCUGCCCAUUGCUGGCCGGCUGGCGACCUUUCAGCGCUUUCUGCACACUUAUGAGCGUGUCUGUAUUGAAGCUGAGUCCCACUGCGAUCUGCUGGUGGUCAUCUUUGGCCCAACCGACGAGCUGACCGAUCAUCUGCGGCUGCUCAACGAGCUGCGUGACCGAUACAUCUACAAGCAGAUCAACUAUAUACAGCGUAGUGGACAAUUCUCGCGCGGCGUUGCUUUAGAUAUUGCCGCACGCUCCUCCUACAUACAGCAGCAGGACAUUAUACUGUUCAUUGACGUCGAUAUGGUGUUUGGCGUGGAGACGCUUCAGCGCGUCCGGAUGCACACGCAACGCGGCCGGCAAGUGUAUCUGCCCAUUGUGUUUAGCCAGUAUGAUCCGAAGCGUCGUGGAACUGACAGCGGUUUCGAAUCGCUGCCGAUUGACGAUGAGAAUGGUUAUUUCCGGCAGUUUGGCUUUGGCAUUUGUGCCAUUUACAAAUCGGACAUACUGGAUGAUGAUAUUAAUGGCUUUGACAAGGACAUCACUGGCUGGGGACUGGAGGAUGUAAAGUUUCUUGAGAAGAUUGUACGCGUCGGUACGCGACAACAUGGAUUUCUAUCAAACACUGCCGAAGUGCCGCUCGACUAUAAUGAGGCCGCUGAACAGUGGCGACGCCUCAGCGUUUUUCGUGCCCCAGAUCCGACGUUGGUGCACAUCUACCAUGACAUUAGCUGCGAUGUGCAGCUAGAUGCGCCACAGUACAAUAUGUGCCUUGGCACUAAAGCCAACUCAUUGGGCAGCACCCGACUAAUGGAGCAGCUGUUCUUUAACAAUCGCCAGAACAUCGACUUCAUCACCGUGCUCAAUCUUCGAAAGCAACAGGCCAGUUGAUGAAUUGGCUUCGCCGCCACUCUGGCAUUUUCCAUUAUAGUAUUACGCUAAAAGUUUCCUAUCUGUGUGUGAGUGUGUAUGUGAGUGUGUGUGUGUGUGUGCACGGACUCCUUGCCAGCAAAAAUACCAAAUUGGAAAGCUCUUGCAAAACUAUUAAGUGUUGUUCCUAUUAUAGUUGAGACCUACUUAAAUGCCACGUUCCUUACCAAAUUAUGUAAUGAAAUUUAUGUUAUAAUUAUAGAAAGAUAUAUAUUUAUUUAAUUUUGAAUGACUUCAAAUCAAAUUUACCAGAAUUUGUGGUUGAAAAUAUAAUUUUUUGGCCCUAAUCAUAUGUAUAUAUGUGUAUGUACAUAGAUAUAUUAAAAUUAAACUUAAGGAUAAGAUAUGCUAAUGACCAGGCCAGGAACAACUCAUAAAAUUUUCUUGUCUUAAUUAUAUUUUCCUUAUAUAUGUAUGUCCGUAUAUAAACGGGGCCAGAUAUUUACAAUGAUGUAUUUGUAGUAUUGUAUACUAAUAAUUAGGUUUUUGCAGGGGCAUGUUUUCACAGUAAUGUAUUAAACAACAAGGAACAAAUGAUCGAGGUUGCUCGGUGCAGCCCAGUUUCGUCGUAAUAGUUAUUAAUAAAUAGCAUGCAUUGUUUUCAAAUUACAAA